GGUGCUUCUGGGCUUCCUGGGCCGCGGCGCGGCGGCGGAGGACGCAGAAGUCAAAGCCGAGAACUGGCUGAGGCUCUACGGCUACCUGCCCCAGCCGAGCCGUCACAUGUCCACCAUGCGCUCCGCCCAGAUCCUGGCCUCAGCCCUGGCCGAGAUGCAGCGCUUCUAUGGGAUUCCCGUCACGGGCGUGCUCGAUGAAGAAACCAAGGCGUGGAUGAAGCGACCCCGCUGCGGGGUGCCAGACCAGUUUGGGGUGCGUGUGAAAGCCAACCUGCGACGGCGGCGGAAACGCUAUGCCCUCACGGGGAGGAGGUGGAGCAGCUACCAGCUGACCUUCAGCAUCCAGAACUACACAGAGAAGCUGGGAUGGUACCACUCACUGGAGGCAGUGCGAAGGGCCUUCCGCGUGUGGGAGCAGGCCACACCCCUGAUCUUCCAGGAGGUGCCCUACGAGGACAUCCGACUGCGGCGGCAGAAGGAGGCUGACAUCAUGGUACUCUUUGCCUCUGGUUUCCACGGCGACAGCUCACCAUUUGAUGGCACGGGGGGCUUUCUGGCUCACGCCUAUUUCCCUGGCCCUGGUCUGGGCGGGGAUACCCAUUUCGAUGCAGAUGAGCCCUGGACCUUCUCCAGCACUGACCUGCAUGGGAACAGCCUCUUCCUGGUGGCAGUGCAUGAGCUGGGCCAUGCGCUAGGGCUGGAGCACUCUAGCAACCCCAGCGCCAUCAUGGCGCCGUUCUACCAGUGGAUGGACACCGACACCUUCCAGCUGCCCGAGGACGACCUCCGGGGCAUCCAGCAGCUCUACGGCACCCCGGAUGGCCAGCCACAGCCCACCCGGCCUCUCCCCACCGUGACUCCCCGGCGACCAGGCCGGCCAGAUCAUCAGCCCCCCAGGCCCCCCCAGGCACCACCCCCAGGUGGGAAGCCGGAGCGGCCCCCAAAGCCAGGCCCCCCAGCCCAGCCCCGAGCCACGGAACGGCCUGACCAGUAUGGCCCCAACAUCUGCGACGGGGACUUUGACACAGUAGCCAUGCUGCGUGGGGAGAUGUUCGUGUUCAAGGGCCGCUGGUUCUGGCGGGUUCGACACAACCGUGUCCUGGACAACUAUCCCAUGCCCAUCGGGCACUUCUGGCGUGGUCUGCCCAGUGACAUCAGUGCUGCCUACGAGCGCCAAGAUGGGCGUUUUGUCUUCUUUAAAGGUGACCGCUACUGGCUCUUCCGAGAAGCGAACCUGGAGCCUGGCUACCCACAGCCACUGACCAGCUAUGGCCUGGGCAUCCCCUAUGACCACAUCGACACGGCCAUCUGGUGGGAACCCACAGGUCACACCUUCUUCUUCCAGGAGGACAGGUACUGGCGCUUCAAUGAGGAGACGCAGCGUGGAGACCCCGGCUACCCCAAGCCCAUUAGUGUCUGGCAAGGGAUCCCUACCUCUCCCAAAGGGGCCUUCCUGAGCAAUGAUGCAGCCUACACAUACUUCUACAAGGGCACCAAGUACUGGAAGUUCGACAACGAGCGCCUGCGGAUGGAGCCGGGCUACCCCAAAUCCAUUCUGCGGGACUUCAUGGGCUGCCAAGAGCACGUGGAGCCGGGACCCCGAUGGCCCGAUGUGGCCCGUCCGCCCUUCAACCCCGACGGGGGUGCAGAGCCCGCGGCGGGCGGAGACGACGAGGACGGCGAGGAGGGCCGUGAGGCCGGCGCGGGCGGCGGGGAGGGGACAGGCGAGGACGGGGGCAGCCGCGUGGUGGUGCAGAUGGAGGACGUGCCGCGGACGGUGAGCGUGGUGCUGGUGCUGGUGCCGCCGCUGCUGCUGCUCCUGUCCGUCCUGGGCCUCAGCUACGCCCUGGUGCGGAUGCAGCGCAAGGGCGCGCCGCGCGCGCUCCUCUACUGCAAGCGCUCCCUGCAGGAGUGGGUCUGACGCGCCGCGCCCCGCCCUCCUGCCCCUCUCCGCGCUGCGGGGGCGGGGCUGCUGGGCAGCGAGCCGCAGCCUUCCAGGGCUCCCUCAGCCCCUAGGGGGGCCUGCAGGCCCUCCGCCGUCCCUGCCGGCCCCGCCCCGUUGUUUAUUUAUGCCCAGGUUUUGUUGUUGAUGGUUUGUGGUUUUUUUUGUUUUGUUUUUGCACACUAAUUGAGUAUUUGUUUCUACUUUGCUGACCAGGAGCAGCGGUCCCUCCGGGCAGGGGUUAGAGCUUUCUAAAUGGAGUCCUGCUCCGGACAGGGAGUGAGCCCCUCGCCUCCCCCCCACACACACCUCUGGCUUGGCGACAGCCAGAGGAGCAGAGGGUCAGAAGGCCAGCUGGAAAGUGGCUAAAGGGUUUCUGAGGCUCCUUACCGCCCUGGGCCCUCCUCAGCCUGGGCUGGCUUUGGAGACGGGUGGGGCCUGACUGGUCUCCACCCACCUGAAUCUCUGGCUUAGAAGAGUUUUCACCCAGGGGCAGCCCCUGGCCACAGGGGACAGAAGGGUGAGGUGGCCUACUGGCCCUGAGUCCUGUGGAGUUUUGAUUCCUUCCCCGCCUACCCCUGUCAACCCAUUACCAACGCCUACCCUGGCCCUGGCCAGCCGAGGGGCCCAUACUCCCCAGCUCCCACAUACCCCUUGAGCCUGCACCUCCUCCCCUCUCUGCAGAAGAGGCCCUGGGCCUGCCUUACCAAGGACCAAAGGGGGUCUGCCAAGGCCCCUCCACCCAGAGGCCUCACCCCACCCCCAGGCUGGGCUUCCAGCCCCUGUCCACUCCUCUCUGAGCUAUGACCCAUCUGGACUCCUUCCCUGGGCUUCCACUCUCCCUCACCCACACCACCGUCCUCAGGGGUCUCGGAACCCCACCAGCCUCAGGCACCAGCUGCCAGGCUCCCAGCGGUCCCAGGAAGAUAGGGGGCUGAUGGGCGCCCACAGCCCACCAUGCACCCGGCUUGGGGGUUCCUCCCCUCCAGCUCCCUGUCCCCCAGGGCACUGGGAGGAGGGACACUGGUGGAGAGAGGCCAGCAGCUCAGCCCCUCACAGAGACUUGCGGGAUGCGGCUGUGGAGCCCCCAAAGGAGCCCACUGUGGCCUGGAGACUCCCCUUCUCCUUGGCUCAGCCCUAAGGGCAGGGACGCUUCCUCCUUUUCCUUCCCAAAGUAAGCAGGAGGCAAGGCUGCUGUGGAAAUGGUACUGUAGGGCCGGCUCCAUCCCCUCUGCUUCCCCUCAGCCCUGAGCAAGCGGGUCUGCCACCCAGACCCCCAAGGCCCCUGGAGGGAGAUGCAUCUCAUGGACUGGCCUGGAGGUCGGGUCUGGCAGCUUACUCCCCCCUCCAUCCUCAGAACCGGAGAGCCAGCCAAGGGAUGGGGGGUGGAGGGCAGUGUCCACCCCCAUACUUUUCUUUCUGUAAAUACUCUGCACUGAUUAAAUUGUACAGCUGGCAA